AUGUCGACCGCAGAGAACUGGUCCCCCGAGAACCCAAUCCUGGCCUACCUGCAGACAUUAGUGACUACCAAAAAGACUCUUCCUUAUGGGCAGCCCGUCGUCGUCCACGCCUCUGUCAGUCACAUCAACUCCGCUUCAUUGCUGCGGCUGGCCGCAGAGAUCGGCCCGCACAUCGCCAUACUACAAAUUCCAGCCGAUGUCAUCGACGACUGGUCCAGCGACACCAUUGAACAACUUCAGUACCUGUCCAAGAAACAUAGAUUUCUACUGUGGGAAGGAAGCAAGAUUCUGAACCCGUUGGUAAAUUUUAUGGGCAGAGCGGACGCGCCGUUGGAAACGAGACAGGCUUUGGCCGACUUUAUCAAGAAGUCAUACACCAGUGGCCCAUUGAGAACGGCGACAUGGUCCAAUCUGGCCACCUCGUGGGCCCCCGCAGCUCCAGUGGACCAACAGGAAAACGAUGUACUGAUCCCUACCUUGCGAUUGGCGGCUCGCGAGGCCGUUGCGACAACUGCGAAGAUAAUCCAAACCGAGAUCUCUGCCGAGAUGAAUAACUACUCGUCGGGCGAGGAGGUAGAGAUCAUCAUCCCCUCCACGGAAACAAGCAACGGUUGGAAAGAAUUCAGUCCGAAUAAUACGGGAUCGUCCUUACGGAAAUCGUCAACCAUCUCGGUCACCACCGAGUCCGUGACUCUGCACGCGCAAUUCCACGCAGAUGACGGUGUCCCAACUCCCCCGCAACUGGCCCGCAGCGUUGCACUGUGUCUACCCGGUACCAUUGACACCGCAUUUACCCCCGAUUUCCGCCAAAGUACGAUAAUCGCCGCAUGUGCCAACUCCGACUUUGUCAUCGGAUUCGCAACGAACGAGCCCUUUUUCGUCAAUCACCGAGGAACCGAUAUCUUUGAAUUGGCCUUAUUCGACGGCAACGGAAAUCCCCAAGCAGGUAUCGACGCUGCGAAACUCGCCACCUUGCCUUAUCUCAACGAAAAUGGGAAAUCGCUCGGUGUAUUCUCUCUUGUAUCACCCACUCUUAGCCUCGGCUUUGAGUUUGAUCCUGCUUUCAAGCCUAAUGGAAGUGAAUCAUCUGCCCCUGGCAAUGAAACUCCAUACAAGGUGCAAUACCUAUACCAUGCAAUCGGGCAAGCGGUAGCCCUCCGGGAAAAGAACAAACAAGAACAAGAAGCCUCCGGUCUUCCAGAGAGAACACCGGUGGGCCCCAAAAUCAUGCAUAUUCCAGUGGUUAUUAUUGUAUAA